AAACAUUACUUCGGUAAAACAUUUUGAAAAUAUUCUCAUUAAUAUUGAGGAUUUUGCAUCAAUCAAUCACUUUUUUCGAAAACUAAGCAAUACCUGUGAGAGUACAAAAUGAACAUCGAUUUUGAAACCAUGGCAGUGUUAGAAGAGGAAUCUCAAAACGAGUCCAUAGACGGCGUAUACGGGUCGCUCGGCGCGUCGGGUCCGGACACGGAGCGCCGCGAGAGCGGGAAGCGCGGCCGGCGGCCUGGCAGGAAGGCGCAACUCGACAAGCAGGACAUGAAAGCCAAGCUGGAGCGGAGUAGGCAGUCAGCGCGCGAGUGCCGCGCCAGGAAGAAGCUCCGCUACCAGUACUUGGAGGAGCUGGUGGCUGACAGGGAGCGCUCCGUGCUUGCACUCAGGAAGGAGCUCGACAAGUAUUACAAAUGGAACCAAGAGCUAGACCAGGGCCGUAUGCCCGAGGGUCUGGAGGCGAUGCUCCAAGAGCUAGGCGUAGUCAAACAGGAGGAGAAACCCUUCUAGGCCUGCCGAGGUUCCCUGCUAUCUCCCCCUUGGAGGAAACGAGGUAAAAUCUACCUAAAAUCUUUUUUUACCAAACCCCGGAGACCAUCAAGAAUCUUCAUUGGAUCUUACAUCAGAUUUUCAAGAUUUCAUCUCUUCGUUUGGAUCCUUAAUAAGAUUUCCAACUUACGUUUCCUUGUAGUUUACUAAGAUUGAAACUCUUUGUAUGUUCAAAUUUAAAGAUUGACUCUUCAUGUAAAAUAUUUGGAUCAUAAUUUGUAUGAUUUUAAGAAGUAGAUUCGAUAUGUUUACAAAAACGUUGACCAAUUAUUUAAAAUAUUUGGAUCCUCAAUUAACUUAUCAAGACUUAAAAUACCUAUUUAUUUAGAUUCUUAUAAUUUUAUCAACUUAAAAUUUAUUUACACGAAAAUUUUGCAAUGUUACCGUUUAUAUUUAAAAAAAAAACUGAGUGUAUGACACUAUUAUUUUUAGAACAGUUUAAAAAAAAACUUAAAACGUAUCAUGUAAGGGACAGAAAAGCAGGGAAUUGAAAGAGUUGUGUAUUUUCAGAUCAAGUAUACAAUAUAUUCCAUAUACAUCACUUUUGAUUUUGCGGAGUAACAUACAAUAAAAUAUAUAAUGUAUUAUUAAUGAUUUCUGAAGCCAGAAUAUGCCUUAUUAAUCAUAAUUGGUUUAGUUAUUUUCAUUAUCAGUAAUUAUACUCAGCUAUGUCUAAACACAUUUAAUAGGGGAUAGGACUGUAAUCAAAAUAAUUAUUUUAUAUAGUAAGAUAUUAAAGGAAAUAUGAAAAUACACAGAAAUAAACUUAUUUUAGGUCUUCUUUUAUUUAUUUAUAGUCAAAGAAUAUCGUACUGAUGGUUUGUUUUGAUAUUUCGAAAAAGUAACUAAUUUAAGCUAGUUCUAUCCUCUAUUAUAAGCUUAAGUCUCCAAAAAGCCUAAAUAAGUAUAAUCUUAGCAUUCUUAGCUGUCAAAUAAAAAGAAGACCGGUAUUCUCCGAAGUUCCUUUAAACUCCGCAAAAUUGAAAGCUCUAGGCGUAAGUUAACUUUUUUUUAUUGAUGUGACGCACAUAUUUUUAGCGGGUUAUCUUAUUAUGAAUAGUCACAGUAAUAGUUUGUUAAUUUAAGUUUUAGUUUUGUGUUUUUAUUAUUAUUAUUAUGAAUCUAUGAAUAUUACUUACGUUAAGUUUUGUUAUUUGCCAGUUUCCGGGAUCAUUUACUUUUUAUUAAACGUCUACCUUAAUCAAUUAGUUAUGGUUAUAUGUUAGGAUUAAGCUUAUCUUUUGAAUUGAUGGAAAAUUACGUGGUUUUCAUUAUUUUUAACGACUUUGUUUGGAAUAACAUAAUUAAAUUGUGUGUCAGGAUUAUUUUAAUGUGAUUUAAGUUUUAGUACCUAAAUUUUAAUGAAAUAUAAUAUUAUUGGUGUUUGAUAUUUUCAAUCUUAGCUGAAUUUAUGAAAUGUAAGAAAAUUUGUUUUACCGUUUGAUUAUUAUAUCACUUCUAUUAAUUUGACUUGACCGUUAUUCGAAGCUUAUUUAAUUGAGAUAGGCUGCACGUUGCACUAAAAUUGUGCUAGUUUCUAUUAAAAUAUCUCAGUUUUCCAUGUAAAACAAGAAUAAGAUUGAACAUUUCAAACUAACUCAUGUGUCAAUAUUUUGGGGCAAAGGAUCUAGUCUUUCUUUAGGAAGUGUGUAGUGUAACGUACUAGAAUAUCUAAUCUCAAGGUAUCUUUACUAAUUCAUAAAAGCACCAUAGGUAUAGUUAUUCUGACCUAUGGGUAUUUAGAUAUUUGAGAACCAUCCAACUUGAUUUUUUAUUUUUAUCGAGAGUGGAUAGACAUAUCUUAGGUAAGCAUGCUCUAUUCUAGAUCACAUCGGCACUUACCAUCAGGUGAGAUUGUGUUCAAAUGCUUACCUUUAUCCAAUAAGAAAAGCUUUUGAUUGUACUGCUUGUCUAAUUGAGGCCAGAUCUUUUGUUUAGUGUUGCCACUAGUAACAUAUUAUAUUUACAUAAAUCUAAUACAUAGUUUAUGUUAUAUGUAUUUUAUUUACCAAAAAAACAUCUAGGGUGGUAUACUCGUCAACGGAGUGAUAAAGUAGUUCAUGCACAUAAUAUUUGAGUUUUGCAUCGAAUAUUUUUACUUAUUUAAUUAAGCUAAUUAAUACAUUAACUUAUGUUUACUUUAUGUGAUUAAGUCAUAAAUUGAAAGAAAGACUUGCUGUCUUUACUUUCAAUUUAUGGGAAAAGGUAAAUAAAAAUAUACUUAUGUUUUGCGUGAUAAAAAAAUUAAUUCUAAAGAGUACUGAAAUGUGUAUAAAAAAAGAAUUUUCGAUUUAUAUUUAAUUUAAUGCUUUAAAAAUUGUUUAUUUGGCAAAGCAUCUGUUUUUGCGUUUCCUAUAUUCAUUUAUAAUAGUUACUUUUAUGAUUUAAGGUUUCUAUCAUUUUAAUUAAGUUAAUUUGCGAUAUACUUCCUUCGUUCAAUUAUUAGUUUUUAUUUUAGUUGACAGUUAAUAAAUUUACCUGCACGUGGCUUAAUAGUCAUUUAGAAUAUUAAGUUUUUUCUUUAGUUCUUCAGUAGAUUUUCUUUAGUUAUUAAUGACAGUUCCUUCAUUUAUUAGUACCUAUUAAAAAUACAUAAAUCAGCAUAUAAAUUUUGUUAAAUCAUUUGGAGUUACAUAUAUUUAUAAUGUUAAACCAUAACUUGAAAUUGACUUAUGAAUCAAAAGUCUAUUAUAAAUAUUAAAAUUUGCCUUACUAUUAUAAAUAAAAUUGGAGACUUGACAGUGACUGACGUGAUAAAUGCUAAAAACUGUUUUUUUAAAAUAAAUUCUAUAAUCAAUGCGAACGAACCAUUUAACUUGAAUAUUUAACUACUUAUUAUCUUUUUCAUCGGCAAAUGGUACAGGGCUAAUUUACCUGUUACAUAGCUGUGAGCAGAUUUAAGACGGUUAAAUAUUUCUUAAAAUCUGCAACCCAAAACCUGACUAAAAUAUUUUUUUAACAGAAGACGCAAGUGUGUACUAUAAACAGAUUAACAGUCGUUAAUUUGCAUAAAAAAAUAUCCGUUAUUACACAUUACAAAAUAGACAUAUAAACAUUAUAUUUCCUUUAGCGAUUCAGGUUAGGUUUUCUAAAGAAAUAUUUAGCAAAAUCGCACCAAAAGUGACACCCGUAGGUACGUAUACCAUACCUUGUCUAUGAAAAUAAUAAUGGUUGGUUUAUGAGUUAAAAAAAAUAUGUUUUUAAGUGUUAAUAUUAUUUUUAAUAAGUUUGUCGGCAAUCCGCCUUCCAAUCGCAUUAUCAAUUUUAGUAAAAAAAAAUAUGUUUUUUUUUGUCGUUUUCAAAUCAGAUUUUUAUAUUUGUAAAGUAUUUUUACAAAGAAAACAACAAAAACUAAAAUUGUGGGAAGGCAAUCCUUAGUGAAGGCUUGCCUAACACUAUGAUAUUGUAUUGUAGGAUAUACUUCAAUACAAUGUUAUAUUUUAGCCAAAAAAAGGAAUACUUCAUACAACCUAUGGAAAAUCCACCUCAAUAGAAUUAAGAUUUGAGUAUUUGAGUUAAGUACUAUAAUAACUGCAUGAUUGUCAGUUGAUUCAAUAGUUAAAUUACGAGUUCUGUUAGAAAGGCUUAUUUCAAUGACGAGAACUUGUAUUUUCCUAUUGAGAAAAUGAGGGUCUACCGCAAAAAUCGAAAAUAAAAAUUUCGUUAUUUAUUUCUCCAUCACUGUUGCAUAAUCACGCGAUAAAGAUACCUCCUUAACGAAAUAUCGAUAUCGAUGUUUUAUUUUUGCGGUAGACUCUCUGGCAUUACAUAGCUACUCGUAAGUGUAAAUAUAGUUAAACGUACGUAAGGGUACAUUUACACUGGCCCGUUUAGGCUGCGUUCGCUUUGCACAUUGGAUGCAGUCAGCGGAACAGUAUAAAGCUAUUUUUAAUGUAUAUUAUAUUGGUUUUUAAUGUAUUCA